AUGUCAGCUGAUAGGAGAUCUCGUCAGAGCGAUGCGGCUGCUGUUGCUGCUGCUGCUGCUGCUGCCGCCGCUGCCCCUGCUGCUGUCGACCAGACGAGUGUGGUAGCUACUCCUCAGCCGACCGACGCCAAGGAGCAAAAAGGUGACAAGCGGCUUUCGAGCUCGUCACAAGUCCUCACCUUUGUCAGUCUUCUCUUCCGCACAAAGCCAACAUGGGUUGACAUUGCGCUCGUCCUGGUGGGGACCAUCUCUGCAAUUGCGGCGGGAACACCCACGCCGCUCAUCGCCAUUGUUCUCGGUAACCUGAUGGACGACAUGAACAGCGCCAGCUGCUCGCUCAAGAAUAGUGGCAACCCGUUCGAGAUGGAGCCCAAGAUCAACGCGUCCGUCAAGAUCCUGGUCGUGAUCGCAGCGGCGCAAUUCUGCCUCAUAUACAUCUAUGCCGUCUGCUGGCGGCUGCAGAGCGAACGACUGACGCACCGGCUCCGCGAUGCCUAUUUCCGCUCCGUCCUGGCGCACGAGCCCGCCUUCUUCGACAACAGGAGUGCAGGAGAAGUCUCGUCGAGGUUGAGCGCCGACUGCGCCGCCGUCCAGGCAGGCACGUCGGAAAAGGUUGGAACCGUCAUCGGCCAGCUCUCCUUCUUCUGCACGUCCUUUAUUGUUGCGUUUGUGCGGCUGCCGGUCCUGGCGGCAAUCAUGACGUGCAUCUUGCCCGCCUAUCUCGUCGUGAAUUGGCUCAUGGCCGGCCACCUCGUCAAGUUCUCCGGUCGUGUGAUGGAGGCUUCGGCCUCUGCCGCAUCCAUCGCUUCCGAGGUGCUCAACAAUGUGGCCAUCGUGCAAGCUUUCGGGGCCGGCCCGAGACUCGAAGCCAAGUUCGCAUCACACAUGGCUUCCUCGAGAACCGCCGGCAUCAAGAAGGCGCUGGUGGCAUCGCUCCAGGCCGGUUCGACCUACUUCAUCAGCUACUCGGCCAACGCGCUUGCUUACUGGCAGGGCAGCCGCAUGAUUGCCGAUUCGCAACGGAAUGGAGGGGACGCCACUGUUGGAAAGGUCUUUACGGUCGUCCUUGUGGUUGUUGAUGCUUGCAUCAUUCUUGGCGGCAUCGCCCCGAUGCUCCCUAUUUUCGGCGGCGCCUCGUCUGCCUACCUUCGGCUCAAGGCGGAUAUGGAGCAGCCCAGCUCCAUCGACGGCACCGACGACUCUGGCGAUCGACUACCACACGAUACGCCGGGUGCCAUAGAGCUCCAGGGGGUCUCCUUCUCAUACCCCUCGAGACCGGAGCAGCUCGCUCUCAGUGACGUCAGCCUUUACUUCCCUGCCGGCAAGCACACCGCCCUUGUUGGUCUUUCCGGCAGUGGCAAGUCCACAGUGGCGGCCCUCGUCUGCCGCCUGUACGAUCCCUUGACUGGCACCGUUAGUUUUGACGGCGUCGACAUCCGUCGACUCAACGUCAGCAACCUUCGCAGCUUCAUCAGUCUCGUACAGCAGGAGGCACCACUGUUCGACCGAUCCGUGCUCGAGAACAUUGCCCUGGGUCUCGUCAACUCUCCGGCGCCCGCGCACCAAAAGUUCAAACCAAUCCUCAACAGUCCCACCCUUGCAAACCUCGUCGCCAACGGAGACAAGGACGUGCUCGACCUCGCGCGCAGCCAGGACCCUGACCUGGCCGAGCUCGUGGAGCUUGUGUACGCAGCGGCGCAGCUGGCGGACGCUACAUUCAUCGACCGGUUCGACAACGGCUACAGCACCCAGGUCGGCGUGGGCGGGAAGCUCGUCAGUGGCGGGCAGCGCCAGCGGAUCGCAUUGGCGCGGGCCCUCAUCCGUGACCCCAGGGUCCUGGUUCUGGACGAGGCGACGGCGGCUUUGGAUUCGGCCAGCGAGCAACGCAUCCAGGCCGCCAUCGACCGUGUGGCUGCGGCCGGUGGCCGAACCGUCAUCUCGAUUGCCCACAGGCUCUCCACCAUCCGCAACGCGGACAACAUUGUGGUCAUGCGAGACGGCAAGGUGGUGGAGCAGGGCUCGUACGCGGAUCUGGUAGCCUCCGGUGGAGCAUUUUCUGCCAUGGUGAACCUGCAGGGCAUCGGCUCGGGUGAUGACCGCGACAGCGUCUCGUCUGCCGGAAGCACGUGCAUCGACGCCAAAGGUGCCGAAGGGGUUGUGUCCAUAGAGGAACAAGAUCAAGCAUCUACGUCUGAGCGCUCCAACGAAAAACAGAUUGAGAAGACGCCCAUCCCCACAGAGUCGACCGGGGAGGAGAACGAAGCUCCCACGGACAAGGGCUCGGAUAAGGUCGCAUCAGAGGUUGCCAAGGGGCUUGGUUGGCUUGUUCGGCCGAGCAUCUGGUGGCUGGUUAUGGGUAUUAUCGGCGCCACUCUUGUUGGCUGCGCAUUCAGUGCCUCGGGUCUUCUCGUCGGAAACACCCUUGCUCUUCUCAAUCCGUGUGUCACCACGCCCGAGGGUGUUUUGAGUUUCGGACAAAUGUUUGGCGGGCUGCUUUUCAUGCUUGCCUUUGUCGAGCUGGCCGCAAACAUCGGCAGCUGGAUGGGCUUCGGUGUGGUCUCCGAGAACAUCCUUUACAAGACCAAAGUCUUGUCCCUCCGGGCAUUGAUGGGCCAGACGGUGGAGUGGCACCAGUCCGAGGGACGCACGCCCGCGUUGCUGCUCUCCAUCAUCACAAAGGACGGCGCUGCUCUCCAGGGAUUCAGCGGCUCCAUCGUGGGCACCCUGCUGGCGAUCGUGGUCAACUUUCUGUUCGCCAUCAUCCUCUCCCACAUCCUGGCUUGGAAGAUCGCCCUGGUCUGCCUCGCGGUCGUGCCGAUCCUCCUGGGCGCGGGCAUCAUGCAGUUCCGCGCAUUCGCCCGGUUUGACGAGAGGCACGAGAAGGCCUACUCCAGCGCCGUUGGGAUCACGGUGGAGGCGGUCAACUCGAUGAAGACGGUGGCCAGCCUGUCGCUGGAGAAGGAGCUGAUUGGCACUUAUCGGCGCGCGCUCAAGGGUCCGCGGAGUGACAUCCUCAAGGCCAGCCUGUACACAAACAUCUGGCUUUCGAUCGCCAACAGCACCGCCUUCUUCGUCAACGGCCUGGUCUACUGGUGGGGGUCGCAGCUCAUCAUGAGGGGAGAGAACACGCAGAGCCAGUUCUUCACGGUCAACAUCGCCCUCUUGGUGAGCGCGACCCUUUGGGCCCACGCGUUCGCGCUCGCCCCCGAGGUCUCCCGCGCCAAGUCUUCCGCCUCGAGGAUCCUCGGCCUGGUCGACCUCACGCCCAACCGCCAUCUCCCCCUCCCCAAGAAGGGCGGCGGCGGCGAGAAGGAAAAACAAAAAGACGUCGAGGCGUCGGCCGAGCCCAAGCCCGCAUCGCCGGCGACGCUGCUGUCGUCGGAUGGCGAGAACCGCGGCAUCGCCAUCACCUUCCGCGACGUGUCGUUCGCGUACCCCACGCGCCAAAACGUGCCGAUCCUCAACGGGACCAACUUCACCAUCGGCCCGGGCCAGUUCGUGGGGCUGGUGGGCCCGUCGGGGGCCGGCAAGUCCACCAUCCUCGCGCUGAUGCAGCGGCUGUACUGCCCGACGUCGGGGACCAUCACGAUGGACGGGGUGGACCUGAGCAGCGCGGCGGGGCGGCACGCGUUCCGCGACGACAUCGCCGUGGUGCCGCAGGACAAUGCGCUCUUCGACGGCACGGUGCGCUUCAACGUGGGGCUGGGGGCGCGGCCGGGCCGGGAGGCGACCGACGCCGAGGUGGAGGAGGCGUGCCGCCUGGCGAACCUGCACGACACCAUCGUCGACACGCUGCCCGACGGCUACGACACCGAGUGCGGGCCCAACGGCAGCCGGCUCAGCGGCGGGCAGCGGCAGAGGCUGGCCAUCGCGCGCGCCCUCGUCCGCCGGCCCAGGCUGCUGCUGCUGGACGAGAGCACGUCGGCCCUCGACGCCGAGAGCGAGGCCGCGCUGCAGGAGGGCCUGGAGAGGGUCGCCAGGGGCAUCACCGUCGUCGCCAUCACCCACCGCCUGCACACGGUGCAAAAGGCCGACGUCAUCCUCGUCGUCGAGGGCGGCAGGGUCGUCGAGAGGGGCUCGCACCGCGAGCUGAUGGAGCGGAGCGACAGCUACCGCGUCAACGCCAUGCAGCAGAUGCUGCAGUGA